GCAGCGGGGGCGGGGGGCGCCUCCCUCCCUCCUUCCUUCCUUCCCAGCUGGCACCGCACUCCGGGCCUCGCCGGCCAGCCGGCUCCCUCCCCGUCUGUCUAUGUCUUUUUCUGACUCCAGCGCUACCUUCCUGCUCAACGAGGUAACUUAACAGACACCGCGCAGCCGCCGCCGCCGCCGCCGCCGUUGCCAUCGCCUAUCACCACGCUGUACUCAACCCCUCUUACCUUCUUCUCUUCCUCCUCCUCCUCCUCCUCCUCCCUGUCUGCCUCCCUGCUCCGUUUUCUCCUGCUGCUGCUAAGCACCGGGACCGGUGCGGGCGGUCCUGCCUAAGCCCUCUUCCCCCAGAUUCCCCGCCGCCCUGAAUGCAACUCCUGGCGGAACCGGAGCCCUUGCCUGGCGGAAUGAUGGGCAGGAGACGUCUGGGAGCAGGAGAAGAGGGACUGGGGUUUUUUUCCCCUCUUCUCCCUCUCUCUUUUCGAUCAUGGUUCCCCUUCCCGGCAUUCCGAUGAUGUGUGUUUGGUAUCUCAGCGGGGAAAAGGGUGAAAACUCCUGUGUGAAGAGACGACGAGAUCGGAUCUCGUUUUUUGCAAAAAGCUGCUGUUAACCCCUCCGUCGCCAAAUAUAUUGGACGGCUCUCCAACUUUGGAUGGGAAAUGGGCGUGGGGCGGAGAUUUAGGUUGUGCCAGCAGCUCUGGCACUGAAGUCAAAGAGGCAGAUGGAACCAGCGCCUGGGGGAUUGCAGGGGGAAAAUCCCCAUCUGGCCCAUUUCCUGCCCAAGUCCUACCCUCCUCUCUUUGCCCCUGCCAACCGUGUUCGUUUCUGUCAGCCCAGUGCAGGUGGGUAGGCAUCGUCUAUCCCAGAGUUGGUAGGGUCAAGACGUAGGUAAAGGUGGAAAUCUGGUUGGAUCAUGCAUGUGCAAUUGUUCAUGCAAAGUCGAAGAUCUCAGCAAAAGUAAAAUGGGUUGUAGUCUUCCAGGAUCUGGUGUCCAUAAGUGGGCAGGAAAUGAUGUCCAUAAGUGUUAGACUGUAGCUCCCAUCCUCUAGGGAAUGGUAGAAGUUGUCCAAUGAAGUGUGAGAGAAGAAGUAGGUUGGUGAAGUAGGAAUCAAGGCUUCUGUCCAAGGAUGCCUCUCAAGAUUGUCAAAGGUUCCAGAAAAGGCUGUGUUGGCAUGAAGACUAGGAAUGUGGUGAGCAGGAAAUUAGGAUGAUUGGUAACUGGGUAAAAUCUGAUACUAAGGAAACUGGUGUAUGAUAAGACUAUCUUCUGUGAUUCCCUGUCCAUGUGAUUUUGCUUGUCCCGUGUUGCUAUGCCCAUCCCAGCCCACCUUGCAUUAUUGGGGCAGGUAACCCCAUGGGUCUCCACCCACACGCAGGUUGGAUGUCUCAGUAUGCUUUCCUGCAUCUCUCUGGUAAAUUGUCUGGUACCCACUUAACUCUUGGGAAGCAGUCAAACGGGGGGAUGCAUUUGCUGGAAAGUGUGGUUACACUUCUUGUUCUCCUCCCAUCCGGUGGGAUUGUUCCACACUUCCAAGAACCCUCUUCAUGGCCAGCUCUUUCCUUGUUGUAUCCUGCUGCUUCAUGCCCCCUGGCACCCCAACCCUACAUCUUCCGGUGUUGCUAUAAGGAAGUGCGGAUAGAGCUGCACUGUCCAGAUGCCACUGCCUGCCUUGCCUCCCUCCUUACUUGCCUGUCUCUGUGCCUGCCCCCAAGGGAGGGCUGGUGGGUGGGCGCUAUUGUUUUUGCUGUUGCUGCUCAGCUGAGAAUGAGAGCAUCCAGGGUGGGGGAAUCAGAUCGAUAGCAGGCUGAGUUGCUUUGCCACUGUGUGCCAGCCACCUGCUGCCCCUAACCCAACUGGGGCAGGGGGCACAGCUGUAGACCUCUGUCCAUCUGGAAGAGCUCCUAUCUUUCUUCCCUCUCGGCUUGGCUUCCUCAACAAUUCUUUCCUUCCCCCAUGUAUGACGACUCCUAUCUCCAUGGAUUCGAAGACUCUGAAGUGGGCUCUGCUGAUUCCUACACUAGCCGCCCAUCAUUGGAUUCCGACGUGUCGCUAGAGGAGGAACGUGAAGGGGUGAAGCGCGAAGUGGAGAACCAGGCCCAGCAGCAGCUUGAAAAAGCCAAGAACAAACCAGUUGCAUUUGCUGUCCGUACUAAUGUCAGCUACUGUGGCGCAUUGGAUGAAGAAUGUCCUGUGCAGGGAUCUGCCAUCAACUUUGAAGCCAAAGACUUCUUGCAUAUUAAAGAGAAAUACAGCAAUGACUGGUGGAUCGGGCGGCUAGUGAAGGAGGGGGGAGACAUCGCCUUCAUCCCCAGCCCACAGAGGCUGGAGGCCAUACGGCUGAAACAGGAGCAGAAAGCCAGGCAAUCUGGGAAUCCUGCUGCCAGCAACAGGCGAUCGCCUCCCCCGUCAUUAGCUAAGCAGAAGCAAAAGCAGACAGAGCACAUCCCUCCAUAUGACGUGGUUCCUUCCAUGCGGCCAGUGGUGCUGGUGGGUCCCUCACUGAAAGGAUACGAGGUGACAGACAUGAUGCAGAAAGCUCUUUUUGAUUUCUUGAAGCACAGAUUUGAUGGCAGAAUCUCCAUCACACGUGUUACAGCAGAUCUGUCCCUGGCCAAGCGCUCAGUGCUCAACAAUCCUGGGAAACGGGCCAUCAUUGAGAGAUCUACAACACGGUCUAGUAUCGCUGAAGUCCAGAGCGAGAUUGAGCGGAUCUUUGAAUUGGCUAAGUCCUUGCAACUGGUAGUGUUGGAUGCAGACACCAUCAAUCACCCAGCUCAGCUGGCCAAAACCUCUCUGGCUCCUAUCGUUGUCUAUGUGAAAGUUUCUUCCCCAAAGGUGUUGCAACGCCUUAUUAAAUCCAGAGGGAAAUCACAGGUGAAGCAUCUCAAUGUGCAAAUGAUGGCUGCUGACAAGCUUGUCCAGUGUCCUCCGGAACUCUUUGAUGUGAUCCUAGAUGAGAACCAGCUGGAGGAUGCUUGUGAACAUCUGUCUGAGUAUUUGGAGGUAUACUGGCGAGCAACCCACCACCCUGCACAAAACCUUGGGAGCCAAAACCUCCUGACUCCUUCCACUGCCAUUUCUGGCCUGCAGAGCCAGGCCCCGAUGGGCGAGCAUGAGAGUGAGCGCUCCCCGGUGGAGCACGACAGCUUGAUGCAAUCUGACGAAGUGAGCGACGCCUCGCGCAAGACAUGGACGGCGUCCUCUCAGCGCAGCUCCCGGCACCUGGAGGAUGAAUACUCCGAUGCCUACACUGACCUGUACCAGCCUCACCGCAACCACAACAGUGGCCUCCGCAGCACCAACGGCCAUGACUCGCAGGACCGUCUUCUGGAGCGCGACUCUGAGCACAAUCACAAUGACAGGAACUGGCAACGCAACCGGCCCUGGGCCAAAGAUAGUUAUUGAAACUUCCUGGCCAGGCCUCCAGGGACAUAAGACACGGCUGCUGCUGUCUUUGCCAUCUCCCAAACUGAGUUAAUUGCCUGAUCUCAAGCCUUUGUCUGUUUCCCUUUGUAGCUAACCCCCACAGAGUGCAGGCCCUGCCCCAAUACACAGGUGCUAUCUAGGGAAGCCCAGACAUAGCCAUGGCUGCCUAAAAGAGGUUAGGUGAUUUGUCUGGCCCUCCUUCACUUUGGAUUACGUAGGCCAUGGUAGUAUUUUGCAGGGUAAACUUCACAUCCUUCACAUCACAUUCUAUUUUGGGAGGGGUGGGGAGGCUAGGAGCUGGAUUGGGCUUCUGCAUCUCAGAGGAAGAAUUUGUUUCCAAGAGAGAAGCUGGCUGUGGCUCCAUUUUUAACUGAGCAGGAGAUCAGAGCCGAAGAUUACAUGGGAGAAAGUAAGACAGGCAUGCAGAGACCUUAGGAUGAGUUUACUUCUUCCAAGCGAGAGACCCAGAGCCUCACUUUUUGCCUUGCUGUAAGGUUAGACCUGUGUGCAUAUGUCCCAAGAUCUGUCCGGAAAUUGAGACUGGUGUAGAUAAACUAAGAUUGCUAAUUAAGAGUGAUGCACUCUAGAAAUUGGUAUGAACAGCCAAUGCUGAUUCAGUUACAGGGUGUCAUCUUCACAGCAUUGGCAACCAUUUUGUGCAAAUGCUUUGGUGAAACAUGUGCAAUAAAGCAGCAGGUGAAACAGCCACAAUAUUUCAGCCUGCACAGAAAAGGUAAAACAUCAGGAAGAAGGUAGAACUAAAAUGCUCCCUGACAUUGAAUGUUCUGCAUUUGGGGAGAUUUUAGUUUUGUUUAAAGUCGAGGUGAUGAAAGACCAUUCAACUAGCGCAGGGUCAUCUAAGAGAUUAUUGAUAAGUUAUCCACUGCUAAUUUGGAUAUAAUCCAAGAAUCACAAGGCCAAAAAAAGAUCUAUGUGGCGGUGAUGUUCAUGACUAUCACUGAGAGGGCUACACAGCUUCAAUCUUCUGUUGCCCUUGCAAUUAUUGAUAGAUGGGUAGGGCCAGAUACAAAAAGAAAAAAAAUGCUUCAGAUUUACCCAAGAUUUUCUUAGUUUUCAUAUUCUUUUAUGUAAUUCCCAUGACCUUGAAGCAAGUUAUUGAUUCUAAGGAAGCUGAGAUGCAAACUGUACUAACACAUGUAAUAAAGCCUCAAGGAUCAUUUGGUAGAGUAGCCCCAAAGUAUUCUAUGUCCAACAUAUCCCAGCCAACUGGCUGCCUUUUCUAGACAGAGCUUUAGAUCCAAAGGGUGGGGAGGGGGGAGAGGAGUCUUCAGCAGAGAAAGUAAUUUUGCACAAAAAAAUAAGCCAGUGGAGAAGGGUUUAAUUAGGCCUUUCCUAACUGUUGCUGGCCUUCUAUUCCAAAUCUAUUUCAUCCUCAAUAGAGUGAAAUCCUUGGAACCCUUAUUUCCUCGGAACCCCAACGCUCAGCCUUGUUCCUCUUGCUCUGCUAGGCCAUCUCCUGCACAGUCACUUCUGUUAGAGGACUAGUGGGAAGACAUUUUUAAAGCCACAGUAUGAGAUGCUUAAAUCUGUAUCCUCCUCACUUGUUCCAAAAUUCCUUGCUAAUUGCAUGCAACCUUGAUCUUCCACAUGCCACUUGUGUUGCGGGAAGUGGAAGGAAGAUGAGGUGCCGAGUGUAUCGGUGGGCCCUGCUCUUUCAUGGUGACUCCUACCCUCAGCACUUUGGGGCUUCCAUCUUGUGGAAGUGGCCCAGGGCUAUACCCAUCCUACUUCCUGCUUUUUCUAAUGCGCAAACCUUGCUCUUCCAUUCCCCUAUUCCAUUCUCGGGGCAGUGGGUGGCAGCCCCUUCCUUUCAAAAAGCACGUACAGCUACCAGAAAAAUCAGCCUGUAAAUAUUGCCCACUAGCAUUGAGAGUUGUGUUGAGUGUCUGUCGUACCCCUGGAUGGUCCAGAGCCAAAGGGGAAAUGCUCUUCCCUCUUUUUGUGGCUUAGGUGGUUUGAGGACGGGGAAAUGUUUCUAUCCCUGCUGUAGUGGUUGUUUGAUGGGCUGCUGCAACAGCUUUGUUACUCUUCUUUUGUAGAGAGCACUUAUUUCCCCCAAAACUUGUAAGCCGUUUGAAACAAGCAUUUGCUAUUUAUAACAUGUGGCUGAGUGGUUGUUAUUUUGAGUACAACUGCAAGGGCAUUGGAACGGAGGGUUUGAAGGACAAAACACAAGAUAGUGUUUUGGUUGGUGUUCAUGGCACCCUUCCCUGAGGCAACACUAAACUCAGCGUGGUUCUUGAGCCAAAGGUUGGGAUGAACAGAUAUCCCAUGACUUGAGUGUUCAGAAUUGAUCUAUCACAAUUUUCAAUUGGCUACAGAGUUACUCUCUUCUGGGGUAGGAGUAAGGCUUGGACUCCUCUAACUUGUAGACUUUAGGCUACAAUUCCAAGAGUUCCUUGGGGAAAAUCAAUGGCAAUUACAUGGGAUACAUAAGCCACACAUUAGCAGUAUAAUUAAUUGUCUCAAGAGUUCAGGCAUAAGCAGCUUUCAUGUUAAAGUGGCAAAGGUUCAAAUACAAUAGCCAGUUGAAACAAAUACUGAUUAGUUCAAAUGGCAUUUGAGCAGGUAGGUCAAUGAAUGGGUAGCCACUGUCAAGCUCUUGAUGGAUUUACCAUUAAUUGCAUUCAACCUAGGAAAGUUGCAGAUUGAGUGGCAUCUAACCUUCCUUCAGAUAACAACUGAAACACUGAAAUUGCCUUUUAAUUAAAAUGUUAGAAGUCUGUCUAUUAACCAAUACUCACGUACAUGUGCAAUACACACCAUAUAAGUAGCAUUUCUGCUUGCUCCCUAUGCAUCAAUUCUAACUUUCAGAUACAGUAGAACAAACCUAGCCUGGCACCCACUUUUCCCUGUCUGUCAGAGGUCAUCUUCUGAAGGGCUGCACGUUUCCAUUCACAAAAUGCAUUUUGACGAGUCUCUCUUUGAAAAUUACUAUAGAAACUACUAUAGGUACCUAUAGAAUGGCUCACUAUUUUUGGCUUUCGAGAAACGUUUUAAAAAUCUAUCUUGUUGCACUACAAGGUAGUCUGAAAAGCCAUAUUUUUACAGGAAUUCCGACUGAAAAUUUGGUUAAUUUUUUUUUUGUAUGAAUAUGAAUUGCCUUUAGAGCAGGUAUCUCUAACCUUGGAAACUUGUGGUAGUCUUAAAGUACAAACCUAAACAAUCAAUCAGUUGCAACAAGAUAAGCUCAUUUUAGACUGCACUGUUGCUUAACAAAUAUCUCCUCUUUGCAUCAUCCUAUUCUAGUUCUAGUCCCGCCAUAGCCAGGGAAGCCCAUGGGGUGCCAGUGGGACAGUCAUUGUCUCUCAACCCAAACCACCUCACAUGGUUGUUAUUGGGAAAACAGGAGGAAAGGUGUGUUGAAAAUGUUUGUCGUUUUUGAGUUAUUUGUAAAAAUAAUAAAGAUGGGAAUAUAAUUAAAUAAAUAAAUAAAUAUAUUGGGGAUGAAAAUUGAGAAACAUCAUGUUCAUAAACAUAGACAUUUAUGUAUCAGGUUGUGCAAUUUUGCAGAGUUUGAGAUUCAGUGCAAGAAGCUUUUUCUAGAAGUUUCUCAAGCUUGUGCUAUUGAGUUGAUGAACAGCCAGGAAUAUCACCUUAAGCACAUGAAAGUGCACAUAAACAAGAGACUCUAUAGUAGCACUAAUACAAUUCAUGGCACAGUUGAAAAACUUCACCCUCAAACUGCUGGUAUAUCAUUAACACUAGUUUGUUGUAAUAAUGCAACAUUUUGUAAACAAAAGAGAACCCAAACAUUUGUUCUCAACUGCUGGCGCUUUUUCCUGAGACUUUUGAAACUGAUGUCAAACGUAGCUAUUUUGGUCAAAGGAAUUUUUUCCCUCCCAAAUUCAAUUUGCAACCUACCUCAGAAGAACUAUAGAGAAACUAUAGCAAACUACCGCAGAGGAAAUUAUUGACUUUUCAGGAAACAAGGUCUUUCCUUGGUUUCUCCAGACUUCUCAAUUUAAGUAUUAUUUUGCUACAAGCAGUGCCACUGUUUCUCAUUCACAUAUAAUAUAAAAUAGCACAGCAUUAAGCAACCAACUUAUUCUUAUUUCUAAUUGAUAGUCCUUUUAGCAGAACCGCGUCAUUCAAAAAGAACAACAGCAGUACAGCUAUGGCAGCAGUAUCCCAGGUCUUUACAACGUACAUAUUUCUACUUGUGAAAAACCAAGAAUAAACAGGCAGGACAAUGUUUCAUAUGGAUUUAUAGUAAUUUUUUUCAGGUCAUUGAAAAAAAAGGUCUCUUUCUGUACAUUACCUGCCCUUUUUAUUUUUUUUGGGGGGGGGCAGUUCUAGAUAAAACAAAAACACAAUUGCAUUGAAACAUUAACAUCUUAAGAUUAGAAAUGGGGAGAAAUCCUCACUAGAGCAGGAAAAGAGAGUCUAGAGAAGUGAUCACAAAUAGAAUUCCCCUCUUCAUUGGGCCAAGCUCAAAAAGUCCUUGUCUGAUAUACGGAGAUGGCAAAUGUAGAAAUCAAUAACUGACACCCCCCCCUUUCAAAUAUGUUUGGAAA